AUGAUUAGCAAUAAAAUAGAAGUUAAAGAAACAGAUAUGGAAUCAGAAAUGAUUCAGAAAAGUAUGGCAAUUGCUUUGGAAGCACAAAAACAGUAUUCACUCGAUAAAGAUAUGGCAUUUUAUAUCAAGGAAGAAUUCGAAAGGAGAUUCGGUCCUACAUGGCACUGUGUUGUUGGGAAAAGUUUUGGCUCCAGUUUCUCAUACGAAAUUCAACAUUUUAUUUUAUUAAAAUUUAAUCAGUUAUCCAUUAUGAUAUUUAAAUGUGGUUAUUAA